UAAACAGUAUCUGAAUAGAAAUCUAGCAGAGAUUUCAGUGUACUCACCUAUAAACAGAUACGAUGUCAUUUAAAUGUAUGUAAAUUAAAAAGAGGGCAACAACUGUCCUCUACUCUAGUAUACAGUACACAUCCUGAAGAGGAGGGGACACUAUCUGAACAGGUUCACGUAGGCCUAGCAUUCGUUUAGCCGCUUUCAGGCAGUGCUGUGGGUUUUGAGACGACCCCUCGAUACAGUUAGAGGAAGUUGACGUUGUAAGGUACAAAACGGGUCGGAUAGAUAGAUUAGUUCACCGGAUUAACUGUCAUCGAUGGACUCGGACGUUUUAGAAACAGUUAUGGCAUUCAUUACAAAGAACAAGUUGCUGAUAUCAUCAGUGGUUGGGUCAGUCUUCAGUUUCGUGCUGCUAAGGCGUCAUUUGGCGGGUGGCGUGUGUGUCUCAAAGAAACGUCUUGAUGGGAAGACCGUCAUCAUUACUGGUUGUAACACUGGCAUUGGUCUGGAGACAGCCAAGGAAUUGUCUGCUAGAGGUGCCCGGGUGAUCAUGGCAUGUCGUGAUCUGGACAGGGCUACGAAAGCAUCAGAGGUUGUACAAAAGUUCUCAGGAAAUAAUGAUAUCAGCAUACAGAGCCUAGACCUGGCUUCACUGGAUUCAGUGAGGAAAUUCGCAGAAAGAAUUAACAAGAACGAGGAAAAAAUUGAUAUCCUUAUCAACAAUGCUGGUGUGAUGUUGUGCCCCAAGUGGCAGUCUGAGGAUGGGUACGAGAUGCAGUUUGCUGUGAACCAUUUAGGACAUUUCCUGUUGACAAAUCUGUUAUUGGACAAAGUUAAGAAGUCCGCUCCUGCGAGGAUCAUCAACGUCUCAUCUACUGCACACUACAGAGGGAAAAUCAACUUUGAUGAUAUAAAUGGUGAUAAUAACUACUCGUCAAUGGCAGCGUACUCUCAGAGUAAACUAGCCAAUGUACUCUUCACAAAGGAACUCGACCGACGACUACAAGGUACUGGUGUGACAACAUAUACACUCCACCCCGGAGUAAUUAACACAGAGUUGGUGAGACACGUGGAGGCCUGGAUCAGUCCAUUGUUGUUUAAAGUAAUAUUCCGUCCAUUACAAAUUUUCCUGAAGACCCCAGUUCAAGGUGCUCAGACAACCCUACACUGUGCUCUGGACGAGCGGCUAGAUAAUGUUUCUGGCAAAUACUUCAGUGACUGUGUGGAGAAGCAACCCUCAAAGGCAGCAUUGAAUGUGGACGACGCGAAACGACUGUGGGAGCUCUCAGAGGAAAUGGUGGCUAAAGCAAGAAAAUAAGAUCAAUCAAUGAACUUGCAUUAUACUGUCAUAACACUUUGUCACAAUCAAAAGUAGCAUUAUACUUAAACACAACUGUGAAUAAGUACCGGUACUGGAGAGAUGUCAGUUUAGUACAAAUGUUUAUUCCUUAUCAAUGUAAAUACCCGUUUCUGUGAUGUUCCUCUUUACUUUCUUGUUCCUUUGGAGAUACCUGGCAUAUUGAGGUAAAAUAUUAUAUAAUUACAAAUGAAUACUGCAGAAAUGAAAAACACUCCUCCUACACAGAUUAAUCUCAAUUUUAUAUACUGCUGUAUUAAUGCUUGUUACCAUAUUCUUAAUUUUUAUUUGAGCCACUUACUUGUAAAACCGGGAAAUAAGGGAUGGUAUAGGCUAUAAUUUUCCACGCCAUCCGUCUUGUACUUACAUAUGCAUAUACAUGUACGUUGUAUAUGUAUGUGCAAAUGUAACACCAAAGCACUCUAGCAGCUUCAGUCCUUCAGGGAUUUUGAUCAGACUUCACAUAAUUAUCAAGGACAGCAAAUUCUGACAAAUUCAAGAUUCAGGGUUAUUGGGUCAAUCAAGCUGAGGUCACCAUUACUAAUUUUACAAAAUCAUUGUCAGCACUCUAUAGAGGCUUCAUAUCUUGAGGGAUUUGGAUCAAACUUCAGACAUUUAUAAAGGAUCUUGGGAAUAGCUAGCAGGGACCUAAAGAGGACAUGUAUUGCUUCAGCAAUACUCAGUGUGUUUGUUUUUACUUAUUUUACAUUGGUAUGUUAGAACUGAAAAUGUAUUAUUUAUAUUUUUUUUCAAAUUUAAGUGUUUUUCUGUCUGUGAUACCUGCUUUUAUUAUACGGAAAACUGGAAAUAAUCUCUUGACACGCUUCCAUGUGAAUUGUAGCAGGCCUAGGACAGCUGAUAUAAAGGCCAUUUCAUGCUCCACGUUAUACAUUUGUACACAAAUAUAUUUUUGCAUAAAAUAUUUUCUAUUUCUUUGUUUACAAAAUCAAUAUGUAUUUGCCCUAAUUAGCCUCCAUUGCUCCCUGUAUGUUUGUUAGUUACUGUGAUUAGUAUUUUCUGCUCUAUUAAUGCACAUUUGGUUUGUCAAGCAGACCUGUUCCUAUAUUAGCUCUUCUACCAAUUAGGAAUUUAAAUACUGUAAACAUGGAAAUUUACGCGAGGGGGAAAUUAACACAGAUUACACAGAGUCCUUUUUGAUCACGAAAAUUUCCCCCACGCGUAUUAUUUUGAUAUCAAUUUGCGCAAUCUCUAACUACAAACGAAUGUGGAUCGAUCACAAAAAUUACCCCAGCGCGUAUAGUUUACAUAUCGAAAUUGCAAAAUUUACCCCCCGCGAACAUAAUCCAUUUACAGUACAAGUAUACAUGUAUAUUUAUAGAAUCUGAAUUCAAGAUGUCCCAACACUUCAACCCCAACUUAUGUGUUUGUUCACAGUUGAUUUGUGUUGUGGUUUUUUAUGGACAGGAAGAUUUACCUAAAACAUUAAAUACUUUUUCAGUGUCUAUAAGACAGACAAAUGUUUAUAAAUACUAAUAUUAUUUAGUGUGUGAAAAUCUCAGAAUAAAUCAAUCACUUGAUCCAGGGAUCCUGACAAAAAUUAUCUCCACAAAACCAGCUUGAUGUUCAGCAACUCACAGACAUUAUAACUUGUUUUCUGUAUUACCAUCCAGCAUUAAUUUUAAAACCAAACAUCCAACUGAGAAAUUGAUAUUUGUUUGAUUAUACUGAUGAAAUGAAUGUUUUGAAAUUGCUACCACCAAUGAAUUUUUCCGAGUAGUAUUAUCAAUAUAUUGUAUAAUGAAUAUGUUUUUCCAUUUGUUGCCUACUCCCGAUAAUGAUAUUAUUCAUUCUAUUGGUACACAGGGGUAAUUUGUUAUAUUACUUUGUUUAUGAACAUGGAGAUAAAGGGUUUUGUUAACUUUCAUUUGUUGAUGAAUUUGUUGUAAUUUUGUAGAAGGUACCGUUGUACCUUCACUAAUAGUACUAAUAUGGAGUUGAUUGUAUGUAUAUAUGGUUGUACCUUCACUAAUAGAACUGAGUUGAUUGGAUAUUAUAUUGUUGUACCUUCAUUAGUUGCAGUACCCUCCACAAUGACAAGCUGUUUUGUUUUUAUCUGUUAUAUAUAUGGCCCUGGUAUAGAUAUUUAUAUAAAUAUAAUUGACAGGUUG